GUGACAAGUAUCAGGAAUCAAUAAAUUCUUUCUCUGCACAAGGAUGUGCAGUGCCAAUACCUGCUCUUGUAGAUACAGCACACCCACCGCCUCUGCCCCCACCAGAUAAAUGUGUUCCUCCACUGCCACCAGAAGAUGCUGAUCAUCAGGCAGAUGUGUACAGGGUUUCAGGUGGAACAAAUAAAAUGCAGGAUAUUUCUACUGGGAAUGUGCCAGACAGUUACAACAGCCAUGGCAGUGCAAGUUUUCAAACUGGGGAUCACAGCGGUGUUGCUGCUGCUUAUCCCAUGCCAUAUUAUGGAGUUCCUCCUCCAAGCAAAGGCACUCCAUUACCAGCUGAUUUCAACAAACCUCCGCCACUUACAAAUAUUGAUACUGGAUUUGGUAGUAAAGGUAAUACAGGUGAAGGCUACCAGUCUUCAAAACGGCCUUUUGAAGGAGAUGUAUCCCGAGAGCAGUUUCCUGAUGACGUAAAGAAGUCUCGUGGGGAGGGUUAUGGGAGUGGAUUUUCACCUUUAAGAGGAGAAGAGCAUGGUGGCAGAGGAAGAGGUUCACGUGGAGGUAGAUGGGGGGAUCUGACCUCCAAAGAAAAAGAGCCUAUUUGGAAACAGCCAUCUGAAGGGGAGACAGCGCUACAGCCUGUACGAGCCCCUACCAAGGAUAAUCCAGAUGAGUUAUCUGCAGCCGAGAAGACUUUUGACCUUCAGUUUAAACAAUGGGAAGAACAGUUUAAUAAAUGGAAGGAACAGAAUAUUGACCAUCCUGAUAAGACUCAAUAUCUUGAAUACGAGGCCCAGUGGAGCAGCUGGCGUGAACAUCUCUUACAGCGCAGAGAGCAGAUGAGGAAGAAAAGGGAAUCAUCAAAUAAGUUGGCUGAAUCAAGUGGUGAGGUCUUCCAAUCUGACCUUUCUAAUCGGGUUGGAACCAGCUCAUCCCCUGCAAGAGGUAGAGGAGGACGUGGUGGCGGCUUUGACAGAAAUGGUUCAAAUAUGGGGCAAGAUCAUUUUCGUGGAAUUCAAGAUUCCUCUAAUAGAGGUUCUGAAGGUUUUGGAGGUACUCACUUGUCACAAGAACAGAAUGUGGGAGGUGGUUUCAGAGACCAGAAGUCUGGUCUAAGUGCAGCUGGAGAUUUUGGUGGCUAUGGAAUGUCACAGCAGGAUCAUGGUGCUAAAGCAGGAGGAUCUGAACCAUCGGGAAACUUUGGGGAGCAUUGUAUUGGUCAAAGAUCAGUGAUUGGUGGGCCUGGUGGUGCAGGACAUGAUAGUUUUGGCACACAGCAUGCAUUGUCUCAACAAGGUUUUGGAUCUUCAUGUGGACCUAUUCAGGACUGUAAAAGUGGGCCUGGAUUUGGAGGUCCAGCACCAUCAAAACAAGAGCCCAAAAUGCUGCAGUGUGGACCAAAUAGAGGACCAAGUAAUUCUGGGGGUAAUGCUUCUCAACAUGACAUUCCUGUAUUACCUGGUAAUUUUAGUGUUCCACCACCAUCUUUGGGACAACCGGACACAAAAGUAAUGCUAGCAGGGUCAAACCAGGUAUCAGGAGAUAUUGGAGGAUCUUCAUUAUCACAGAAACCACCAAAUAUGCUGAGUGCUAUUCAUGCCCAGCAGUUACCAUCUGCACCAAAAUCAUCUGGGGAAGAGAACAAGGACAUUGCUGAAGGAGAUACACCAUCAGAUGAGAAAGAUGAAAAAAAUAAUGCAGUGAAACUAGAUUUUAUUAAGAACACAGCAGAUGGAAUUCCUGGAUUAAAUCUUCUUGUGGAACAGAACAAGCAGAAGAACGAUGCCAAAGCUUCAGCGGAAGAGAGAGAGUUGUCACUUGGUCAUGAUAUAGAUGAGAGGGCUUUGGAUAAAUCUGUGAACCCUAGUGGCUUAAUUGGGCCUGUGCUAGCACCCACUUCCACUGAGCAGCCAAAUGAUCAAGGUCAUGGGACAGGCAGACCACCUAGUAAAUUGCCAUUUCAGCAAUCAGGUGUACAAGAUUUUGGUCCUGAUAGCAAAUUUCCUUUGAAUAACCAAGUUUUUCGACCUGGAAGUCAGAAUACUCCAAAUGUGCAAGGUUUUAGUUCACCGCCCAAAGGUCCCUUUCAUCAAGGGCCAAGCAACCAGAACUUUGGGCCUGGAGGAAAUAAGAUCAUUGGUAAUCAUGGAAACCAGCCAAAUACACAGAACUUUGGCCCUGGAGCUCAAGGUCUGAAUCAGUCACAUGGUGUUGGAAAUCAAGGUUCUAACCAGUCAUUUGGAACAGGAAAUCAAGGGUCCAACAGAUCUAUGGGUCUCGGAAAUCAUGAUGCAAUAAAUCCUCAUGGAUUUGGACCACAAAACUGCAUAGGUUCACAUGGAUUGGGUCCAGAUGGAAAUCUAGGUUACACUUCCAGUAAUCAAGCUUUUGGUCCAGGAAUUCGGGGUUAUGGAUCCAUUAACCAAGGUUCUCCAGGAAUGGGAUUUCAGGGUAAUAACCAGGGCUUUGGAUCCAAUAAUUUUGGUCCUCAGAAUAACCAGAGUUUUGGUCCUGGUCAGUUUGGAAGUGCUUCGGGGCCUCGGCCAUGGGGCGAAGGUGGGGAUAGCUCUAACAAAGUAGGCUGGAACCAAGCUCAAUCUUGGUUUGAUGGACCUAGAAAGGACAAUGUUCAAGGCAUGAAGGAUAAUUUCCAAGGACCUAAAGAUAGUUUUCAAGGUACGAGGGAUAAUUUCCAAGGACCAUUGGAUCGAUCACAGGGACCUAGAGAUUAUUUCCAGGGUCCAAGGGAUAAUUUUUUUGGUCCAAAAGACAAUUUUCAUGGGUUACGAGAUAAUAUCCAGGGUCCAGGAGAUGGAUGUCAAGGACCCAGAGACAAUUUUCAGGGACUUAGAGAUGGUGGGUUUCAAGGACCUAGAGACAAUUUUCAGCCACCAAGAGAUGGAUAUCAAGGGCCAGGAGACAGAUUUCUUGGGCCUAGGGAUAAUUUUGGAGGUCUCAGGGAAGGUGUCCACGGGCCUCAAGAUAAUUUUCAAGGUCCUAAAGACAGAUUUUCUGGACCACCCUCUGGAGAUUUUGGAUAUACAGGAGAUAGUGAAUUUGGUCGUGGAGGACCACAUGACUUUCCACCUCCCCGAGACUUCCAGCAGGAAAGAGGCCAUGGAGGACCUCAAGAUUUUGGAUCUGAAUAUGGGAGAGGUCAUGGUGGCAGAGGAAGAGCACGAGGGAGAGGAGGCUUUGGACCCCCGUUCUCAGAGAGGAGCCCUGGAGAUGAAUUGAAUUGGCAGCAUGGUAGUGGAAGGGGUGUCAGCAGAUUUGGACCUGGAACAGACGAACAGAGAGUACAGCAGCCAGAUCUUGGUCCAUCAGCACAGAUGAAGAAAGAACCUGGCUCAUUUGGAGAAGAUGGUGAUUUUUCCAGUGAAGAUAGAAAUUUUCCUCCUGAUGUUUCUCGUCCACCUGAAUCUGACCACAAAAAAUGGGAAAGAGAAGGAGAAAGUACUUUCACUAGAGAGCCAUAUUCAAGGUUUGGUGAUCGACCUCCCUCUGGUAAAAAUUGGAAGAGUAAUGUAGAUGAUUUGGGGGGUUCAAGAUUUCCACCAUCUGUCAAUCGAGAAGAUAGAUUUGCGGAUAAUCCUAAAGGUGUCUGGGAGAGAUUUGAGGAAAGAGGACAAUCAUGGGACCAUGGUAGUCGAUCCAGGGAUUGGGAUAGGGGCUUCGAGCUAGAACCGGCUACUGUGGUAGAUUAUGGCCAUAAACCAGUUGCAGUUCCAGGAGUAGCAGAUUGUGGAUCAACAGUAGGGAAUUUUCCUGAACCAGUGCAGACAUUUGAUUAUGGUCAUGGUGCCUCUUCACGACGUUCAGAUGUUCCUAAUACAGAGUCAUGGAGAAGAGAUGAUCAACCAUUCCGAGGUGGUCGUGAUAGGGAUGACAGGUUUCACAAAGAGAGAGACAGGGACAGAGAAAGAGAUAGAGAACGUGACCGGGACCGUGAUCGUGAUCGUGAACGAGACAGAGACUGGGGGAAGAACAAUUGGGACCAAGACAGGGACUUUGGUAAAAGAGAGUCACGGUGGGAGCGAGACCGUGGCAGUCGGGUGGAUUCGGAUGGGGGGCGAGAUGACCGGAAGGACAAGUGGGAGGAUGAUGAUAGAUACAGAAACAGCGGAGGGGAUCGUUGGGUUCGUCGAGAUAGGGAGAGAGGUGGGGACAGAGACAUUAACAAAGGAAGCAGUGGUGGACGCUACAGAGAAAGUAAUAAGAAAGAAGACAGCAGUCAUGGAGACUUUCCUCCACCACCAGAUGCUCCUCCACCGCCAACUUUUGCUUCACCUGUUCCACCAUCUGAGACUCAGGUGCGGUCUGUGUUAGUGGAGGAUCUGUUGUGUCCCCCCGGCAGGGCAGUUCGGCCUGCUCGACUGGUGAUAAUGCUGCGUGGACCCCCUGGCUCUGGAAAAACAUUUGUAGCAAAACUUAUAAAGGAUAAAGAAGUUGAGAUGGGUGGUUCAGCCCCAAGGAUAUUAGCUCUAGAUGACUACUUCAUGGUCGAAAUUGAGAAAGAGGACAAAGAUCCAGAGACUGGACGCAAAGUCAUCACCAAGGUUAUGGAAUAUGAAUAUGAAGCAGCAAUGGAAAAGCAUUAUCGCAACUCAUUGCUGAAGGCUUUUCGAAAAACAGUGAAUGAUGGCUAUUUCCCUUUCAUCAUCGUAGACUGCGUGAACCAUCAAGUGAAACACUUUGAAGAAAUGUGGAGCUAUGCUAAACAAAAGGGAUUCCAGGUGUAUAUUUGUGAGAUGGAUAUGGAUGUUAGUGCAUGUACUAAACGCAACAUUCACAAUCGUACGGAGGAUGACAUAGCAGAUAUUGUGAAGAACUGGGAAGAUACACCACGCCAUCAUUUACGAGUAGACGUGCGAUCGCUUCUUCAGUCAAUUGCUAUCACAGAGGUUGAAAUGGAAGACACUACAGCUGAGGAUGAACAGGAACAGGAGGUGAAGAAGGAUGAUGAAGGGAGAGGUGAAGACAAUCAGGACGGAGAUGAGGAACCUGUGAACGUGUUCACCAGCAAGUGGGAGCAGAUGGAGCCAUCUGGUGAUAAACUCAAUCGCCUCGAUGGCUUAGCAAAAAGGCACAAGACCGAAGACAAACCACAGACGCUGGAGGAUUGGUUGCAGCUGACAGAUGACUAUAAUCAACGAAAAACUACGCCUGGCAAAAAGAUGGUCCGAUGGGCCGAUCUAGAAGAACGUCGUGAGCAGGAGAAGAUGCGGGCGAUCGGAUUUGUUGUCGGUCAGACGGAUUGGUCGCGCAUGACUGAUCCUACAUUCGGAGAGGGUGCUUUAACUCAAACCAAAUACAUUUAAGAGAAGUGUAGGUAAGACUGAAUUUCUUAUAAGAAAGAAAUGCACAGUAAAAAUACAUGUCUCUUUUCACAAAGGUUGAUUUGUAGUUGUUUUACGUUGACUGCCCGAGGAAUUGAAUUACUUGUAUUUGUUGGUAAUAUGCGUGAAAGGAUUUUACUGAUAACUCCAGAAAAACUAUACAAUUUGAACAGUGGUAGCAAUAUGGUAGUUCGACGUUGCAUACUGCUUAAACUAAGAACAUAGUCUGCAUUCUUUGAAAUAAAACUUUUCAAAAUGAAACUGUCUUGGUACAGUACACAUGUUGUUAUUAAUAAUAGUGAAGUUAUUAUAUAUUUUUGUCAUUUUGAUCGCAUAUAAUAUUGAUAAUUUUAUUUUAAAUUCAUGACGUGAGUUCAUUUUUCUACAUUUUUAUUGAACACCAAUUACAUAAAAUGGUUUAUUGCUUUCAGGAAGAUGCUUCUGGUGUUUAGUUUAGUCACUGUUAUUGUGUUACGCGUUUCUGAAACUUCUGCAUCACAUAUUAAACUCAAAGAAGAAUGGUUUAUUGCUCGGAAUGUAAAAUUUUAUUUUGAGGAAAUAGUUACAUUUUUGUUCAAACAUAAAUACAGAGAAAAAAUGCAAGAAUUUUAUUUUAACAUUGCGUCACUGUUACAUAGAAUAGAAACUUAUCACCGUGUUCAUGAAGAACCUUUCACGUGUUGACUUUAAAUUAUUUCGUGUUGAAGUCAGCGUAGAUUUUGCUGUCUUUAUAACAAGUGAAAAAUCUAAACUUAGAAGCGUUUCAGAUAAUAUAAUGUGUCUAUAAUUGUAGACUACAGAUGUGUUAAAGCAAAAUAAAUGUAACACCUUACCACGUGUUUUUCUUUAUAAAAAUAUCUGUAUUGGCGUACUUGAUUCUCAGCAAAGAUUUUUAUGUGUUAUGUGCAUGGAAUGAAGAGACGCGGGGCUGAUCCCGUCUGUCCAUUUGAUCUGCCUCAAGAACUGAUGGAUAGAUUUUGCUGAAAUUUAUUAUGGACAUUAUGCCGUCGGGAGCUGCUCUAUACACGUACUUAUUAAUUUACUGCAACCAGUUAUACCAUUAUGGUGGACCCAUGAACCUGUGAGAUGGAAAUGACACUCGUGCCAUGUAAUAUAACGAUCCUGAAAUGUUGUGUGGUAGCAGAUCAUCAAACAACGGUUUCUACGUAAAAAUUUUUCUUUUCCACUUUGGUGGUGAUAACUGACGAGCCAUCAGUGCGAAGUUUUGUAUAGUGAUACAUCGGGCAUUUACCUACACAUUUUGCGGUAAAUAUUGUUUCUGCAUAUAAAUACAUGCUGGCAAGAGCAAGUGGAAUAAACUGAGUGGCAAGAUUGUGUUAUCUCCAAUUUUACAUAUUCAGUUUUUGGGGUUUUUUCCCCCCCGUUGACAUUUUUAACUUUUUGCAUGCAUGUUGAAGUCUCGCCCCAAGACAUGUGGAUGAUCAUUCUUUUUAUCAUUACCAACCAAGUUUGCCAAUGUUUUUAUGGUUUGUCACUUCGUCAGUCGGAUGUAGAAAUAGAGUAAAAUACUUAAGAGGAUAUACAAGAAGAUUAUACAGUGCGAUUGGAAAACAGAAACUGGGCUGUCUAUGACAAGUACGUCAUUUGCUGUUAAUUGUGCUUAAAGUGAUGAUAUCCACUUCAUAUUUUUUAUCCUUGAAAUGAGACAUUCUUCAAGCAGCACUGAUGAUUUUUAUUGUAUUGGAACAGCUAGUUGGAUCGAAGUUACUCGACAAGAAAGGAUGAUAGUGAAAUUGCUGCGGACCCCCGAAGGAAGGUGAAAGUGAUGCAGAACUUUCUUUUGAAAAUGAAAUGUGUCUAGAUAGUGCCAGAAGAAGAAGAAAUUAAAAUGUAACGCAAUGAUGAGAAAUAAUUUGUAGAGGAAAUGAAUGUUAUAAAAAGCUGUAAGAAUGUUUUCACUGACUUAUUGCCUGUAAAACUUAAUGUUCAUUACAUAAUGUGUGUAACUGAAAUAAACUAACUUCUUUUGUACCCAUUAUACUAUAUCAUAAUUUAAAUAAAAAAAAUUGUGCCCUGAA